AUGGCUGCCACCGAUGGGUUGUUGACUGUUCUUGAAAAAUGCCGAAUCUCACCACCGCCAAACACCGUCGGCGAAAGGUCACUGCCACUAACUUUCUUCGAUUUGCGAUGGCUACUCUUCCAUCCCAUUCACCAGCUUUUCUUCUAUGACUUCCCUCAUUCCAAAUCCCAUUUCGUCCAAACUGUUAUUCCCAACCUCAAACACUCGUUGUCCGUAACUCUUCAACACUUUUUCCCAUUUGCAAGUAACUUGAUCGUGUUUCCUGCUCCAAACCCUUCAGGUCUUGCUAGAAAACCUGAAAUUCGCCACGUGGAGGGUGAUUCCAUCGCACUUACUUUUUCUGAGUCUACUCUUGAUUUCAACGAUCUUAUAGGAAACCAUCCUCGAGACUGUAACAAGUUUUAUCCACUGGUACCUCAACUAGAAGGUGCCUCUAAAGUAUCUGACUUUGUGAAAAUCCCUAUAUUUUCCGUGCAAGUGACCAUCUUCCCGAACAUAGGCAUCACGAUUGGGCUCACCAAUCACCACACCCUCUCCGAUGCAAGCUCGAGGUAUGAUUUACUGAGGGCAUGGACUUCAAUAGCAAAAUAUGGUACGGAUGAGAUGUUCUUAGCUGGUGGAUCUUUGCCGUUCUAUGAUAGAGUGAUUGAAUACCCUCAGAUUUUAGAUGAAAUGUACUUGAAACUACCCCCGAUUCAAAAACUAGACGAAAAAUACCGGCCUCCUGCACUUGUUAGCCAGACUGAUAGAGUUCGAGCCACUUUUAUCUUGACUCGGGCACACAUCAAUCUGCUAAAGAAAUGGCUAUCAGUUCGACUUCCAACAUUAGAAUAUGUAUCAUCGUUCACAUUAGGUUGUGCUUAUGCAUGGAGUUGCAUAGCCAAAUCACGUUUGCAUCUUGAAGGAAAGACGGGUGAAAAUGAGCAAGAAAGGUUUGUUUGUGUCAUAGAUUGGAGAUCUCGUUUGGAUCCACCUGUUCCUCAAACUUAUUUUGGCAAUUGCGUGGGACCAUGUUUCACCACAACAAAUAGCACCUUACUAACAGGAAACAAAGGCUUCGUUACUGCUGUUGAAUUAGUAGGAAAGACGAUAAGGGAAACGUUGAAGAACAAGCAAGGAAUGCUCAAAGAUGCAGAGACAUGGCUAGACAGAAGCAUCCUGCAGGUUCCAACCGUGGGUGUGGCAGGAACUCCGAAGCUCAACAUUUAUGAUGUGGAUUUUGGGUGGGGAAAGCCAAGAAAGUAUGAGACUAUAUCGAUAGAUUUCAGUCGAUCGAUUUCUGUUAAUGUGAGCAGUGAAUCAGCCGAAGAUCUUGAAUUUGGUGUGUCGCUUCCUGCUAAACAAAUGGAUUAUUUUAGUACCAUAUAUGGGCAAGAAUUAGAGGAUAUAAUUUCUGAAGAAAUAUAA